GAGGCUCGGCCCGAGGCCCGGAGGAACUUGUCUUGCGAGCUGUCGCCGUGGGCCGUCAUUGUCUGCAGGAACUCUCUGGAAUCGGGAGGGGGAGGACGGGAUCGCGCUGCCACUGGUUUUCGUCAGGAGUUCCGGCGGCAGCUGCAGCGGUUGUGGAGACUCCCUUUGUCCUCUCAGGACCUCCCUCUCCCCCUUUCUCCCUCCCUCUGUCAGUUGGUGGGUCCCGCUGCCCCAGGCGCCGGCGCCUCAGCUGCUCGCCGACCCCACCCCCGGGUGCGUCUCCGGUGAACCCCGCCACCUUCGCGUCUCUACCGAGCUAAGCCGAGCCGAGGGAGUUGCAAGCGGGAGGGAGAGUCGCAGGCCCCUGGCCGCAGGAUGGUGGCGGGGCGGUCCUCGGCCCGCAGUCCCGGGAGCUGGCUGUUCCCCGGGCUGUGGCUGCUGGCACUCAGCGGUCCCGGGGGCCUGCUACGAGCUCAGGAGCAGCCCGACUGCAAAAGAGCCUUUGAUCUCUACUUCGUCCUGGACAAGUCUGGGAGUGUGGCAAAUAACUGGAUUGAAAUUUACAAUUUUGUCCAGCAACUUACAGAGAGAUUUGUCAGCCCUGAAAUGAGAUUAUCUUUCAUUGUGUUUUCUUCUCAAGCAACCAUUAUUUUGCCAUUAACUGGAGACAGAGGCAAAAUCAGCAAAGGCUUGGAGGAUUUAAAACAUGUUAGUCCAGUCGGAGAGACAUAUAUUCAUGAAGGACUAAAGCUAGCGAAUGAACAAAUUCAGAAAGCAGGAGGCUUAAAAACCUCCAGUAUCAUAAUUGCUCUGACAGAUGGUAAGUUGGACGGUCUGGUGCCAUCAUAUGCAGAGAAAGAGGCAAAGAUAUCCAGGUCACUUGGGGCUAGUGUUUAUUGUGUUGGUGUCCUUGAUUUUGAACAAGCUCAGCUUGAAAGAAUUGCUGAUUCAAAGGAACAAGUUUUUCCUGUCAAAGGUGGAUUUCAAGCUCUUAAAGGAAUAAUUAAUUCU